AUGCUGCACUCCACGAAGCUGAACCUGGCUACGGCGACCAUGGACGUGCCGCGCGUGGUGGCUCCGGACCCCGCGACGGUCCGCGACGGCAAGGCCGAGCUGCGCAAGCUCGCGCGCGAGAUGCUCCUCAGCUACGUCGACCUCCUGGACUGCGCAGCUGCGCGGCCCUCGCAGCUGCGCGGCUCGGACCCGAUGCGGCUGUGGUACGAUCCGGAGGUGCCCCGCCCGCCCCCCGUCGAGACCGUCCGCGCCGCCGUGCAAAACCUGCUGCACGUGACCAACGUGCUGCGGCCGCACCAGGCGCGCCUGGGGCUGGCGGAGCGGCUCCGGCGCGGCGUCGCGGAGAAGCAGGCCGCGUUCGACGCGCUCGACGCCGCGGAGCGCGAGGCGGAGGAGGCCGCGAGCACCGCCGCGGCGUGGGCCGCGCGGGCGGCGGGCACGCAGUGA